AUGGGUUUGGAUGCUGAAAUGAUGUCUAGCAAUGAAAUUCAUAGUUUUGAGGGUGAAGCGGAAAAUGAUAAAGAUUUUAUGGGAAUAUAUAUUGGCGGCAGGAAUAAUAUAAAACAACGUCAUGGUAAAGGUUGGGCGAUUUUUCCAAAUGGGGAUCAAUAUGAUGGUGAUUAUGUAAAUGGACAACGACACGGUAUAGGUUUAUAUGUAUUUCAAAAUGGAGCCCGUUAUUUAGGUCAAUACCGCCGUGGGCAAAAAUCUGGCAAAGGCAUAUUUUUUUAUCCGGAUGGAAGCAUAUACGAUGGAAAUUGGCAAAAAAAUUUGCGUCAUGGUUCUGGUAUAUAUACUUAUGCAAAUGAGGAUAUAUAUGAUGGUAAUUGGCACAAAGGAUUACGGCACGGUUUAGGAUGUUAUAUAUUCAAAAACGAAACCGCAGUUUUUCGCGGAACUUGGAUUCAAGGUAUACCGGUAGGAUCGAUGGAAAUAGAUUUUCAAAUUUACAAAUAUCAUGGAAAUUAUGAUUAUCAAUAUCCACAAGGACCAGGAAUUUUUUCAUUCAUGUCUAAAUAUAUGUUAAGUGGAUAUUAUAAAUCUGAAAGUAUUAAUUUACUAAAAGAAGAAAUAAUUGAAGGAAAUGAUAUCGAAAAUAUAUCUGAAAAAUUUCAAAAUAAUAAGCACCCGAAAUUGUUGGAAAAUGUUCUUUCACCUCCUUUAUGGUAUUCUCAAACUGUAUCAAAAUAUGAUUUUUCAAAGUUACCUCAAAAAUCGAUGCUUUGGGAUUUGUCUGAUUCAGAGUAUUCAACUUGUGAUUUUUCUUUUAAUGAAAGUGAAAUAAAUGAAUUUACAAUGAAAGAACCAGAACCAUUUGAACAAGAAGAAUGUGAAACUGAAUGUGAACCGAACGCAUCUAAAUCUAUAGUCAGUACUGAGUAA